CACGUGACCCGCACCGGCCGCUCACGCCUAGUCGCCCCGGCAACAGCCUCUCCCACGCACCGCGUCUCCUGUUUCCCACCGGAAAUAGGUCCCUGCUCGCCCACCGCCCAGGAUUCGCAAGCUACGCGCCCUCGAGAUUCAUUUCCCAUAUAGGUUAUUACAGAGUAUUGCGUAGAGUUCCCUGUGCUAUACGACCACUAGCCCAGGUGUCGGUCCUGUCGUGGUGUGUCGCGUGACGAUCAGGCACCGUCCUGGGGAGACAGCAGCCUCUGAGGAGCCGCUCUGCGAACCGCAAAAUAGCUACGAAUAUCACAGCCCUGGACUGACCAGACGUCUGCACUGUGCUUGUUCUUUCCUAGUUUCGGCGCUCGUUUGGACCUUCACAAUCAGAGAUGGCAGCAGAGCCGGCAACAGCGCAAGCUCUGGAGUCUUGGUCCUCUCAUCCGGUCUACGCAAGAUACUGGCAACAUUACCAUCAAGCGAUGGCGUGGGUGCGCAGCCACCAGAAUGCCUAUAGGAAGGCCGUGAAAUCUUUCAGCACCUCCCCGUGGUACUUUUCUGCCAUGGGCCUUCCCCAGAGCGCUUAUGCUAAGAAGGGCAGAAGGCCUCAGUCCUGCUACAAGCGCCCCCCAGCCUCCCGGGACUCCCACCGCCGUCAUUCACGCGCUGGCGGGCGUGGACCACAUCCACGCGGCAGAGAACAGCCAGCUUGGUCCGCAGAGAAGGAGAAGGAGAAAGAGAGCGAGUCCGACGAUGGCGGCAUAGAAUGCGAUGUGAGCAACAUGGAGAUCACGGAGGAGCUACGCCAGUACUUCGCCCAGACCGAGAGGCACCAGGAGGAGCGCCGGCGACAGCAGCAGCUGGACGCGGCGCGCCUGGAAGACUACGUGAACGCGGACCACGACCUGUACCGCGACAGGCGCCGCCGCUCCGCGCUGCCCCCGGCUGAGCGGCCCGGCGAGCGGCGCCGGGUCGAGAUGCGGCACCUGUACGGGCCCAGCGCCGCCAAGAUCCAGGCCAUGGAGGCGGCCGUGCAGCUCAGCUUCGACAAGCACUGCGACCGCAAGCGUCCGAAGUACUGGCCAGUCAUACCGCUCAAGUUCUGAGCCGCGCCCCUUCCUCUCGCGCUCCCCCUCUCCCCCC